AUGGUCAUGACAUUGUCGACGCCACCUCUCCAUCACACCCGAGACGAAAACCAAGUUCAAUACGAAAUGGUCAAGACUGAAAUAACCAUGUCCACAAAAUGGGAUCCCAUGCAAGAACAACUUUUCGGAAGAGACGCCUUGAACAAGCACAUGACCAAAGUAUCGGAUUCUCAAACUCGAAACGUGUUAUCAUCGAUGAAAUGGUUGCAAAAUUUGGUUGUCUACGAUCCAGGAGAAGCAACUUCGUUCUCAAGGAGAGCGUUCAAUACCGAGUUAGGCGAACGACAAAAUAUUUCAUUCACAUUCUAUGUUACAAAUAAUAUGAGUCAAUAUGGAAUGACUAAUGUUUGGUGUGAACAUGUUCAUUCGCCUUGUGUAACGAUGGCACAAAUUUUCACACGAUUGGAUGAAUUGAUAAAAGUGUUCAUGAAUAAUGAUACAAUUUCGAACAGCAGCAGCAACAGUAGAUAUAAUGUUCAUGUAUCCAUUGUACUCUUGACAGAUACGAAUCCGUAUUUAUUUUGCGAUCAUCAUCGAUUAGUGACACCUCAGUCGCCCAAGUUCAAUUAUUUAUUUGAAUUUUAUUCAUUCAGAUAUUAUUCGAAUGUGAUCAUUCUUCAAAAAUUACAAUGUUUUCUACCUCUAAUGAAUUUUCGAUCCGAUAUUACUAGAAUCUAUUUUCAUGAACUCGAAAUGACAAUUCCAAUUCUCUCACCUCCUGGUCUUAGUUUGGAAUUGUAUAAUUGUUUUAUUACGAAUUCAGUUAUUAAUGUUGGAUAUAACACAGAUUUGGAAGAUACCUCAAAGGAAAAUGUAACCAGAGCAAAAGAUUUGAUUUUUGAAUAUGUCGUAUCUCAAGAACAAAUGCCUAGCUCGUACUAUUUUGGAAAUUUUGAAAAUGCCCAUUUUGGAAACUUGACAUUGAUGAAUGUUAUUUCCUUUGGUUUCAGAAAUGUCCAUCAUAUGAAGAUGACUGAUGCCAUCAUGCUUAAAGGAAGUUAUUAUUUCUUCAAUUCACUCACCUUACAAUUCGAUAAUCUCAAAGCUAGAAAUAUUGCAUUCCAAAUAAGCAAAGUCGAUUCAUGUGUCUUUUCAAACUCUUUAUUUACAGUUUCAGGAUACUUUUUACCAAUCAUUUUAGCUGAAUUUGGAAGAGAAUUUAUAAUGCAUAACGUGGCCGCUUGGAAAGUAGAUCAAUUUCUCGCUGUGAAUGCCUACGAAACCGUGUGGUUGAGAGAAUUGAAUGUUUUUAAUUGUUCGGUCGAACGAAAUGCACCUAGAAUUCAACGAUCGAUCAUAGAUGUGAUUGCAACUUCUACAGUCACGAUUGAAGAUUCUCAAUUUUCACAAAAUUCGGGACAAUUUGGAGGAGCCUGUUAUUUCGAAACUCUUGCAACCUUAACCAUCAACAAUACUCUCUUCACCGAGUGCAAAUCUUCUGGUAGCGGUGGUUCCAUAUUCAUUGAAAGUUUUUCAGAAAAUUCCUUCAUGCAACCCUCCUCUUUCAUUCGAAAUUCCAAAUUUAUCAAAAAUUUUGCACAAAUUUAUGGAGGAGCUCUGUACUUGAAUGGAGCCAAACGAUUUUCCUUGUUAAAUAAUGAAUUUUCAGAAAAUACGGCACAACUUUCUGGUGGUGCUCUAUUCAUUGCACGUGAUUCUUUAACCGUUGCCUUAAAUGGAUGCCUCUUUGUGAAAAAUCAAGUCUUGUUUGAUGUGGCUUCUUCCAUCGAAAAGAACAUCCUCUACAAGUUAUAUGAAGGAGCUGGUGGAGCAGUGACGAUUGUGUUUAAUUCAAGAAUUUCUCCAGCUUCUUAUGAUGAUGCUCGAUUUAUUGAGAAUAGAGCUUCACGAGGAGGAGCGUUUUAUUUAGGAGAUCGAUAUUCUUCUGAAUUGCGACUGUUUGGAGGAAAUUUGAAAUUUGAAAAGAAUUAUGCAAGUGUUGCUGGUGGAGCAAUAUAUAUUGGAAUGUCAAGGGGGCUUCCAUCAUCUUCAUUUAUUAAUUCAGGAGUUGUGUUUAAGGACAAUAACGCUGGAAUGGUAGGAAAUGAUUAUUCGACGAGCUGUCAAAAUUUGACAUUUGACAGCAAGAGCUCUCAAGUCAACGAAAUAGCGAUUGGAGAAUCGUCUGUGCUUGGCUUGAACAUGAUUGCCUCCUUCAACCAAACUGUUCCUCUUCGAUUUGAAAAAUUUAUUCUCUAUCAUCCCUCUCUACUUUUAAAGAUCGACAAGUUGGAAUUUAACAAGUUAAUGUUCACGCCCUAUUUACAAACUAAUAACCACAGUUCAUUGUCUCUACCACUCACCAUCCUCAUUGCAACAGAAACAGAUAAGGUAGCUCAAUUUAAUUUAACUCUUCAGCCUUGUGGACAAGGAUUUCAGCUCGCUGAUCAAGUAGUGGAUGGUAAGGUUGUGUACAGUUGUAAACCUUAUGUAGACACUGUGACAUUGAUCAUUGCAAUCGUGGUGCCUUUGUCCAUUGUCAUGUUCCUGACUGGAAUCUUGUUAGGCGUUGCACUGAUCUAUGGAGUUGUGUUUAUUGUUGCCAAACUUCGAAUCUUGAAAAGAAAGGAGAAAGCAGAGCGAGAGUUGGAAAGAAAGCUCAUGGAUAAAAGAAUGGUGUUUAAUUUGGGAGAUGAUGAAAUUCAGAGUCAAGCACAGAUGGAGAUCGAAUCGUCUUCCAACAUGAACCAUUCAAAGAGUAGUCGUGCAAAAAGUCAAGCGUCAGGAUUAGGCUUGGAUGCACCACUGUUGGAAAAAUCCUUCUUACUUGAACCCAUAGAGUAUCUGAAUAGGAAAAAUCAACCUUCUUUCAUCAUUCCUAUAGAGAAGUUGACAGUUGUUAAGAAAAUUGGUGAGGGUGGAAACGGUGUCAUCUACCUUGCUAAAUGGUUGAAUCUGGAUGUUGCGAUAAAAUCAUUGAAGACUUCAGACGAUCAAGAAUUUGAAAAAGAAGCCUUAAUAUUGAGCAAUUUGAGGCAUCCCAAUGUGGUUCCAUUCUACGGUUUGUGUAUUACUGAGCACAGUCGAUACAUUGUGACUCAAUAUUUGGCCAAAGGAAGUUUGGAUAAGGUGUUGUAUCAAUGUAGAAUCGGCAAAGAGUCCUUGACUCUGAAACAACGAAUUGAAAUCUUGCUUGGUACGAGUCACGGCAUGGAAUAUUUGCAUUCUUUGAGACCUGUCAUUGUUCACAGAGAUUUGAAACCUGCCAAUGUUCUUCUGGAUGAACACAACACGAGCAAGGUGUGUGACUUUGGUCUUGUGAAACUUUUGGGCAAUACUUUUCAAACCACCAUGACCACUAACAUUGGAACCAUCUUUUAUCUCUCUCCUGAGAAUUUUGGCAGCAGCAGUAGUACCACUUCAAGCAAAAUUACUCACAAGACGGAUGUGUAUAGCUUUGGAAUUAUGAUGUACGAAGUAUUAUUCUUGGAAAAUCCCUACCUCAAUGGCUCGUCCAAACGUAUUCAUUAUUUCAAAAUGAAAGAUGAAAAUUACUCGGCUACGGAUGAAGAUCAUCAUGCCUUUACCAUUCCAACACGAGUUUGGAGAGGAGAGAGACCCUUCAUUCCGUUCCAAACAGACGAAGAGUUUGAAUGGUGGAUGGAAGAAUUUGCAGUUGGUGUUUUCUUUGAAGGAAAUUCGGAACGGUUGAGAUCUGUGGUCAAGUCGUACGUUGCAUUGAUGAAACAAUGUUGGGAUCAAGAGGCCCAAAAGAGACCCGAAUUUUCGGAAAUUACUCAACACUUGCAGCAAUUGUUGGAGUUAUAA